UUGGAGAUGCAUAGACGAAAGGCGAGCUGCCGCAAAGCACUUGGAUGCGUGUGCCGCUGAAGUGGCACCCAGAGCAUCUUCUGCGGGAAAGAGUGUUAUCAAGCCUGCGUUGGAAAAGACAAUCAGAAGUGAAGAACGAUGGUAAUACAACAGGUCCUGCUGCUAGUGCUGCUCUGGGUGUGCCUGCUGCAUCCCUGUUUGACAGCGAUGGUGUUCACCAGGACUACGGACCACCAGCCGAAGAACUUUAUCACCCGUGGAGCAGGGAACGAUGGGAAGGCACUGCACCGCCAGAAACGAGGCUGGAUGUGGAACCAGUUUUUCUUGCUGGAGGAAUAUACCGGGUCAGAUUAUCAAUACGUAGGCAAGCUUCACUCUGACCAGGACAAAGGAGAUGGUUCCCUCAAGUACAUUCUGUCAGGAGAUGGGGCCGGCACUCUGUUCAUUAUUGACGAGAAAACAGGCGACAUUCAUGCCACGAGAAGGAUUGACAGGGAAGAGAAAGCAUACUACACCCUACGUGCCCAAGCUAUUAACAGAAGAACACUCCGGCCAGUGGAGCCUGAAUCUGAGUUUGUCAUCAAAAUCCAUGACAUCAACGACAACGAGCCCAUGUUCCCCGAAGAAGUGUAUACCGCAAGUGUUCCCGAAAUGUCAAUGGUUGGUACUUCCGUGGUGCAAGUCACAGCCACAGAUGCUGAUGACCCUUCUUAUGGGAACAGCGCCAGAAUCAUCUACAGCAUCCUUCAGGGCCAACCGUACUUCUCUGUGGAGCCAGAAACAGGUAUCAUCAGGACGGCUCUGCCAAACAUGAACCGGGAAAACCGAGAGCAGUACCAAGUCGUCAUCCAAGCCAAGGACAUGGGAGGCCAGAUGGGUGGAUUAUCGGGGACCACGACUGUCAACAUCACCCUGACGGAUGUCAACGACAAUCCGCCUCGCUUCCCCCAGAGCACGGUUCACCUUCGUAUUCCGGAAUCUUCUCCAGUUGGCACGGCCAUUGGGAGUGUCAAAGCUACCGACGCGGACAUCGGGAGAAACGCCGAGCUUAAAUACCAAAUUAUCGAUGGCAAUGACAUGGACUUGUUUAGCAUCGUGACCCAGAAUGACACACAAGAAGGCGUUAUAAUCGUGCGAAAGCCACUGGACUAUGAAGCUCGAGGGCUAUACACAUUGAAAAUUGAGGCAGAGAAUCUAUAUGUAGAUCGACAAUUUUAUUAUCUUGGGCCUUUCAAAGAUACAACAACUGUGAAGGUCUCUGUAGAAGACGUGGAUGAGCCGCCUGUCUUCAGCCGAUCCUCCUACCUUUUUGAGAUACAUGAAGAUAUUGAAGUUGGCACUAUCAUAGGAACUGUGAUGGCCCGAGAUCCAGAUUCUGCGUCGAGUCCUAUCAGGUAUUCCUUGGACCGCCACACUGACCUGGACAGAAUGUUCAACAUACAUUCUGGAAACGGAUCUAUUUAUACUCUGAAGAUGCUCGACCGAGAAAUCUCGCAGUGGCACAACCUUAGUGUCAUAGCAGCUGAGAUCAACAACCCCAAAGAGAUGACUCGCGUUUUGGUUUACGUUCGGAUCUUGGAUGUGAAUGACAAUGCGCCGCAGUUUGCUGUGUUCUACGACACUUUCGUCUGUGAAAAUGCCAGAGCGGGACAACUAAUACAAACCAUCAGCGCAGUAGAUAAAGACGACCCACUCGGAGGACAAAAGUUUUUCUUCAGUUUAGCUGCUGUGAAUCCCAACUUCACGGUCCAGGAUAGCGAAGAUAAUACUGCCCGCAUCUUGACAAGAAGGAAUGGCUUCAGCCGGCACGAAAUCAGCACUUACCUCCUGCCAGUGGUGAUCUCCGACAAUGACUACCCCAUCCAGAGUAGCACCGGCACGCUGACCAUCAGGGUGUGCGCCUGUGACAGCCGGGGAAACAUGCAGUCCUGCAACGCCGAAGCUCUGCUCCUUCCAGCCGGCCUCAGCACGGGCGCUCUCGUCGCCAUUUUGCUCUGCAUCAUUAUUCUGCUGGUUAUAGUGGUCUUGUUUGCUGCCCUUAAGAGGCAGCGAAAGAAAGAGCCUCUGAUCUUAUCUAAAGAGGACAUCAGAGACAACAUUGUGAGCUACAACGAUGAAGGUGGCGGUGAAGAAGACACCCAGGCUUUUGAUAUCGGCACUCUGAGAAACCCUGCUGCCAUUGAAGAUAAGAAGCUCCGUCGAGACAUUAUACCGGAAACCUUAUUUAUACCACGGAGGACUCCUUCUGCUCCAGAUAACACAGAUGUCCGAGAUUUCAUUAACCAAAGGCUAAAAGAGCAUGAUAACGACCCCUCUGCUCCCCCGUAUGACUCCCUGGCAACCUACGCCUAUGAAGGAAAUGAUUCGAUAGCUGAAUCCUUGAGCUCUUUAGAGUCUGGCACUACUGAGGGAGACCAAAACUAUGAUUACCUCAAGGAAUGGGGGCCUCGGUUUAAUAAGCUUGCUGAGAUGUACGGUGGAGGUGAAAGCGAUAAGGACACUUCAUAACCUACAGUAGGAUAUACAAGUUGUUGGGGGGUUUUUUUGUCGAUUUGAGAGGAAGUAACUUUACAGACACCUUCUCCACGUGACAAUAUUUCGAUGUUCAGGAACCUUUUCCUGCCACUCAGCACAAUGGGUUCUCUUUCUCGUUCCGUUUCGAAUUUUACUCAUUUAAUGUUCUUUAUUCUUUCUCGUAGGACGUCACAUGGAAUAUAUGCAGCAUUUGAUUUAAUCCCUCCCGAAAGCCAAAGCUAUUUAAAAUUCAGUAUCAUCCAUUUUAUUAUGGAAAAAUUACCGUAUUCUUGAGCAGGCCAACAGUCUCUCGAGUGGCCUUAGGUCCAAAUUGCUUCUGUGAAAUACACGUUCUAAACUUUCAGGUUCAGCUUUUUAAAAACCCUGGCCACGAACCACAAAGGGUCAUGCAUGCACGUUUCAUAUGCACUUUUUUGGUAGAACUUUUAAAUUGUUUCUUUUAGAAACUGCCCACACGAGAUACAUAGACUACUCUGAAAUGUUUGCAUAGAGAACACUCCUACUAGCAUCUACAAGCCUUGAAAAACAAAGUGCUCUUUUUAAAUACAAAAUUACUCCUCUUAAUAACACUCCCCAUCAGAUUUUUCAGUGUUGACUUGGU